GUGGAGUCGUCAUUAAACUGAGAAUGGCGACGAGAAAGAUUAUUGUACGAAGACAUUUGAUCCUGAUCUUGUUCUACAUAGUUACUACUGUCAGAUCUGAAAGUAACGUCGCCGUAAAUAAAACAACAGAACAAAGUAGUGACCAGGGGAACGUUAAGUAUGCAGCCAGUCAUGUUGUGGAUGACUGUUUAAGUACAGAUUUAAGCAAUGGUUGUUGCACACACACGGAAAGGGGUCACACAACGGCCUGGUGGCGUGUUGAUCUGGGAGAGUUGAUGACCAUCAUUAGGAUCAAAAUAUACUACAGAGAUAAUUUUCAGCACAGAUUGGCAGGAUAUCAGCUUUAUGUAUCCAAUACCACCAACACACCAACAGACGGUGACCUGUGUUUUGUGGACACUAGUAGUACUAAAAACGCUGUACAGCUGGUGGUGACACACCAGUGCCCGUAUGUAGGUCGGUAUGUGACCGUGUACAACUAUAGAAACAACCCAAAACCAUACAGCUGGUACAGUGAUUGGGCUAUUCUGGAGUUGUGUGAGGUACAGGUGUUUGGAUGUCCGACAGGGAGAUACGGUGACGGAAACUGUCAGAAACUCUGUCCAGUCGACUGUUAUGGUGGUAACUGUAACUCCAAAACAGGUGCCUGUUUCUAUUGCUUUGCAGGAAAAUUUGGCAUCUACUGUAAUUCGGAUUGUCCUGCGAAUUGUAAAGACAGUCUUUGUACGAAGGACGCUGGCACCUGUUUAGAUUGCGUUCCUCAGACGUACGGCGUUCAAUGUGAAUAUGCUUGUUCUACGAAUUGCCUGAAUAGUCUAUGUGAGAAAGUCAACGGUUACUGUUACGAAUGCAUUGCUGGACAAUACGGAUUCACAUGUGAUCAGAACUGUCAUGUAAAUUGUAAAGAUAUUUUGUGUGAAAGGUCUACGGGAAACUGUAUAGGUAAGCAAUAUCUUUCCACCUUAAUUUGGUGGUCAACAAGUGGCGCAGUGAUUCUCUCGUUUUGACUGGUUGACUAUUUCAUGCGUAAAGAGCGGUUAUUUCAAAUAACCGCUAGAGAGCCAGAGCUGAGGACUAUAUCGGCAGACGUUUCUUUGAGUGUAACACAAUCAGAAGCCUUGGCUAGCGAAGAUGCUACAUUGUGUGCGAUCCAUCUCAUAUAUCCUAUCAUUGAUCACCAUCUAAGGCACAUAUAGUCACCAAAUACACUUACAUAUACAAGAACGUUGCAUAACUGCUACACAUAUCACCGCUCAUUUCACAAUAAUAUUGAUUGCAGUUAUUAAUAUAAUUUUUA